AGGUUUGCUGGUUGAUUUAUGUCUGCAGCAGACUUUCUCACAUAGACCUGUGCUAAACAUGCUUUCACGAAAUCUUGUCAUUGCUUCAGUGGCUGUGGUGUUUUUGGCGUCUACUGUAUCAACAGCUCCUGUCGAAGAUAAAGAGCCCGAAGAGAAUGACUUUGAAGCUGAAGAAGGUGAAGAAGAACUUUCUGAGGAGGAGGAGGAUGAUGACGAUUCCAAAGCUCAGCACAUGAAGGGAGCUGGAUCACAGCAGGCCACUUCAGCACCCAAAGGCUCGGGUCUGAGUCCUUCGCCUGGCAGCUCCGUCUUGGGCGAAUCCCCAAACGGUCACAAGCUUAAUGGUGCUUCACAAACCGGCCAAGUCUCAUUGAGCAGCAUGUCGUCAUCUUCAGAGGGAUCCAGCGGUAGUAGCGGUAGAGACGGGUACUCUCGCCCAUCUGCCUCAAGUUCUCAUGGUUCAAGUAACAAUGGACAGGAGGGGUCCAAAUCAGAAAUAGCUUCUCCAGCGGGAGGAACUGGUGCUCAUGGAGCUUUAGCAUCUAAAGUCUCUGGUCCAGAUGGGGCCGUCCAUACCAUUUCUGUUGUGUCAUCAGGUCAAGGGUCAUCAGGCCACAUUUCUGCAGGUCACGUGAUCGGCCGACCUUCAGCAGGGCAGACGUCAGGUGCUUCUGCUGCUGUUUUCUCUGAGGUCCAUUCACAACCGUCAGGGUCAGAAGUCACAGUCGAACACACAGAAGGAUAUGAAAAUGGUGAUUCUGCUCAUGAAACAUCUCAGAUCGAGUCUCCAGAAACCCCAGAGACAGAAUCUAACGGUAAUGGACACAAACACCUAAUGAAUGGAGGAGAAACAGGCUUCACAGGCUUGGAUCAUUUCUUGCCGGACACGUCUCAGAUACAAGCAACAGGCACAAUAGACCAGUCAAACCACGACUUUCUUGUUGGCUUAAUGGGUGGAUUGGGAGAGGAGUUUGGUCCAGACGCUCAUACGGCCGGGUUAGAUCAGACGACACUUCAGGUGGAUCCCACAGCAGCUGGAUCUGAUCCAGGGCAUCCGUCCAGCGGCGGUUCGGUUCUAGACGUUCCUCCAGACCCAGCCGGAGCAGCUUCUCCAUCUGCUGACUACGGGAACAAUGAUUUCGCUCACUCCAUCAGCCUAUCUGAUAAUGGUUCACCGGCAGAUACAACAGAUUCGUCGUUAAUCUCGGACACGUUAAAACAUCCGGGUCAUUACUUCACGGAUUAUACAGAUGGCGGGGUGGAUAACGGUGCUGACGCUCCUGACACGAAGGGAAACGGUCGACACAAACCGGUUGUUGAAAUACAUAAAGUUGGCGUCGUGGACCACACACUCAGUCCUUACGCUGACAACACUGGUCAGGACAGUGUCACCGGUGUGAGUGCACAGACAGAUCUGGCAGGUGUGGCAGGUGAACUGGCGACAGAUGGUCAUGUUCAAACAGACACAAUGGACCGAGGUCAUUUAGCCGUGACGGACGGAUUUCCGAAACACACAGACGUUUCAUGUGUUUCUGAAAAGCAGAUUCUGUGCACGCGACUGGCGCUGGAUUUACAGAUGUCUCACAGACACAUAGUGAUGUGGUUCAGACAGAUUUACAGGCCACAGGAGAUCCAUUUGCUGUUUCCUCACAGACAGAUGUCAUGGGCACAGCUACAGCUGAACCUCAAGGGACUCACGGAGGUCCAACAGGCCACCCUGGUGCUACGGAACAGACACAGACAGCUGUAUCAGCAGGUGAACAGUACCACACAUCUGGUCAGGGUCCUGAAGGUGCAGAAAAUGUGGAACUGGAAGAUACCUGCUGACUUCCACAUGAAGCCGCGUGUGAAGUUUCUGCGCUACAGGUUUCAGUGUAUAGACCAGAACGCCUGGCAGAGGAACCGUCAACCCGCUCGCUAGACUUUAGCUGUCAUGUGUGUGUGUCUGUGUGUGUCCGUUUGGUUUAUUUAAACAUUCAGAUGAUGCUGUAAGUUAACUGUUUAUUGCCUGUUUGUAAAAUUGCCCUGUAAUUAUUUCAUCAACAAUGAAAAAAUUGAAAUAAGAGUCUCGAGUGAUCGAUGAUGCCAUGUUUUUAUUUUACAUUUUGAAAGCAGACACGGUGUGUAAAUGCAUUGCUGGUUUUUCCCCUGUAAUGUUGCUUCUGUUAUGACUCGCUUAGAUGUGAGAGCAAUAUUCUUUACAAACGUCCAAAAUUGUAUAUUGCUGAAUGUCUGUCUGUCUGUUGAAAAUAAACUUGACAUUAAAUGGAACAUCUAUUUUGAACAUCACAUUCAAGCGUUUACGACAUUGACAUUCACAAAGCGUUCGAAUUUAAAGAGAAAGUUUACGUAAGGGAUAAUGCAUGGCGUGGAGGUGAAGCGGAAGCCUUUAAUGCAUAGCUAGCCGUGUAUUAUCCAAUUUAUACAAUGGUUAAUUGCCAAGUUAAAGAUGUUAUUGAUGUUUACAAUAUUAUUUUAGAUCAAACAAAUGACGGAUAUUUGUCAGUUCAUUUUAAAUGUAAUCAAACUGAUUGGAGCUACCCGUGCGUUAAAGGCUUUUAAUGCACACCUUCCAACCAAUCAUAAUCCAGUAUUCAAACAAACAUAACAAAGCAAAAAAUCAAAGCAAAAAAGUCACCGUUUAUUCCCCCUUGUUCCCCCCUUUCUUCAAUGGAACACAAAAGAAAAUUUUGUAGUUUGUUCAAACAAUGUAAAUCAAUGGUGUUUACAUGCUUCAAAAUAUCUUUUGUGUU